AGGAAAGGCUGAGGAUUUACAUAAGGCGAGAGAGGAAUGGCCGACUUCGCCUUAUUUUAAGCAUUGUCUUCCGUCCUUUUUUAAUAUUUCUUGAUUAUCUUCCCUUAAUCCCAGAAGAUUAAAAAAUCAAAUUAAGUGAUAUAUCUUAUCGAUUCCUUUUCGUUGUGAGUGCAUGUAUAAGUGAACAAAAGUUCGCUUAACGUUCAUCCUUUAACCGUCAGAGAAGAUAAUUACAUGUAUACAGGAAAAACAUUAAAUGUCACAGAUUCUCAGUAAUAUCUCAGAGACCAUCCCUUCCAUGACGUCAACACCUUCGCUUAGCUGUCUCCCUAUUUAAAUUCUCUACAUGCAACAUCCCAUUAAAUAAAAAUAAAAGAAAAACAAAAGCCACAAAAAAAUCAAUAUUUUCUGAGUUUUGUUAUUUAUUUAAAUUCAAGAAUAUGGAGAGAGCCUCUUCUUCCUCCUCCAAGUCAUCAUCAUCCAUGGCUUCUUGUUCUUCUGAUCAGUCUCUUUCCAUCAUUUCCGAUAAAACCUCGUCUUAUCUGACGUCAUCCAUGAUUUCCCGCACGUCAUCAUCAUCUUCCUCCGCCGUGGGAGACUACAUCGGGACAGAGAGCUGCUUCGACGUCCUCUCCGCCGACGAAGAAAACGACGUAUUCUCCUCCUCCGAGUCUAUGAACCGGUAUCGUUACGGAGGAAGGAGGAGAGAGGAGAGAGAAGCAAGAGCCGCGGCGGCGCGUGAGUUUCCCCCGCCGAUACCGUUGCUUGCUCAGACAGAGAAUCUUCUCCCGCACAUGCCGUGGGUUUUGAAGCGUGUGUUGACGAGCGACGGGAGGCUUAUCCUGAGGGAAGAGAAGGUUCGUCAUCACGAGUACUUCCGUGCGCAUAGAUCUAAUGGCCGUCUCACUCUCGACCUUGUUCCUCUAGACGAUGACGUUUUUGAACUUCCUCAAGAGCCCUCUCAUUACCAAUCUGAUGGUGAUAAUGAUUAUGAUCACGAUGAUGAUGAGAAUGAUCAGUGUGAUGAUCAUCAACACGAGGUGGGGGAAGAUUUGGAUGAUCUGGCGGAUAAUGUUGAUAAGAGUGUCAUUAUUACUGCCCCUGACGAUAAAGAUGGUGUUAUCCAUAAUUGUGAUCAUGAUAAGGGCAAUGUGCAUGGUGGUAGUGAAGAUGGAUAUAGGAAAGCUAUAUUAGCGGCGGUGGCGGAUGAGACGGUGGUGGAGAGCGGAGGAGGAGGAUCACCGAGAGGAAAGUGUUUGAAGUCUUGUUUUGUUGGUAUGAUAGUUCGAGAGAUCAGACCAGUUCUUAGUUGAUUGUUAUUCUUAAUUAGUACUCCCAACAAUUAGCUUAUUCGUUUCUUUCUGGAAAACAAAUAUUACCAUCGCUGAGAAUUAAACAA